CUUCGCUACUUUCUUGGCUCAUUUUCAUGAAUACGACUACCUACACGGGCGAUUGCCCAGAAUCAGUAUUCAACAUCUCCUCUAAUGGAUUAUGGGAGAACCUAAAAUCUCCCGCUGUGGUUUUCGGGUACUCGCUACCUCUUUUGGAGAUUCAGAUAUUACUCAUAUUCAUCUUCAUCGUCAUGACACAUAUGAUCCUCAGACGCAUUGGCAUUUCCCAAAUUACUUCCUAUAUGAUCGCUGGAUUGAUUCUAGGGCCUCAACUUUUUGAUGUACUGGAGAAAUCUUCGGGGAAACUAUCUAUGGAUCCUGCGUUUGAUGGAAACGCGGCUUUAAAAAGCAUCUCAGUGUUUGGAACGAUCAUGUUUACGUUCUUGAUGACUGUUAGAACGAGCCGGCGAGUGGCGUCUAGUAGCGAAAAACUGCCCUUCGUGAUCGGGACCUUGUCCUUCGUUGCUCCUCUGUUCAGUCUCUGUUUCAUUAAUCUCUUCUCAGACAACAUCGACCCUCAUUACAUGACUCCCGAAAAAGCAAUAGGAGAGCGCGCAGUGAUCGUAAUAAUCCAAUCUUCGAUACUUUUGCCUUCCACAACAUAUAUCUUGCGAGAGCUCAAGAUUCUCAACUCCGAGAUCGGUCGCCUUGCAAUGUCUUCAUGUGUCAUAAAUGACAUAUUGGGGAUAAUUGCCUUAGUAACCAUUACUGUUUACGGAACGUAUAUAAAUGUCUCACAUGUAACAACCUACCGUGACGCUAUUGCAGUGGUCAUCUUCGUUCUCAUCGUCUUUCUUGUUUUUAAGCCGAUCGUGCGAUGGAUCAUUGGCCAAACACCGGAAGGCAAGCCCGUGGAGAAUAAGUACGUUCACGCCAUGAUUUUGGCCGCAUUGGGUUCCUCUUUUUAUUCUAUGUUAUUCAACUUGAAAUAUGUCUUGGGACCAUUAGUGAUCGGUCUCAUAAUACCGGAGGGUCCACCAUUAGGAUCAGCAUUGGAAGCUAAGUACGAGAAGCUCACAAUGAAAGUGUUCUUACCGAUCACGAUCACAGUUAGCGUGAUGAGAUGUGACGGAAUAAGGAUCUUCAGCGAGUUCAACCACAUCAUCUACAACGUUUUUCUAACGGUUCUAACACUUUUCUUUAAAAUGGUUGCAUGCCUUGCACCUUGCUUGUACUUUAAGUUACCUCUCAACGAAUCCAUGGCUGUUUCCAUCAUUUUAAGCUACAAGAGUUUCACUGAUUUCGUUGUCUAUGAACCUGCAUUAGAUGACAAGAGUAUAUCGCAGGCAACGUACGCGUUCUUGAUCAUUUAUUCGCUGAUAAAUGCUGGGAUCGUUCCUUUUGUCUUAAGAAGCUUAUACGAUCCGAAACGGAAGUAUCUUAAUUAUCAAAAAAGGAACAUACUGAAUUUGGAACCAAGCUCCGAUCUCCGAAUUCUAACAUGUUUGCACAAACCCGAGAAUGUCUUACAGACCAUUGCAUUCCUCCAACUGUUUUCCUCACCGAACCUAGAUUUCCCUAUCACGGUCACGGUUCUCCACCUCAUGAAGCUUGUUGGUCAGAUCAGCCCCAUCAUGAUUUCACACAACAAGAAGUCGAAACGAAUUCACAACAACUCCUACAUCCAUACCGCAAAUCUUGCCUUCCGACAUUUCAUGUUAGAGAGCUUGAAGUCCGUAACUGUGACCACAUUUACCGCAUUUUCACAUGAGAAGAUGAUGCACGAGGACAUUUGCACGCUCGCACUUGACCAGACAACUUCAAUAAUUAUCGUCCCUUCAGGGAGGAGUUGGACCAUAGAUGGUAUGUUUGAGUCUGACGAUGAUGCCAUAAGGCGUAUAAACCAUUCAUUACUCGAUCGUGCGCCUUUUGUUCUAUAGGAAUACUAAUUGACCGUGAAAUCUCUCACGUAAACGCAAUGUAACGAGCAAGAAAAACUACACCAUCAAUGUAGGUGUGAUUUUCAUUGGAGGCAAAGAUGAUAGAGAAGCAUUAUCAAUGGUGAAGAGGAUGAACCAUAAUCCGAGGGUUCAUGUAACCGUGAUCAAGCUCUUAUUCAACCAAGAAAUAGAGUUAGCACAUUGGGAGUACAUUCUUGAUAAUGAAAGUUUAAAGGAUUUCAAGACUAUAGAGGAAACAAACAAUGUUGAUUAUACAGAAAUGGUUGUGACUAGUAGUAUUGAGGUGGCAAGCAUCGUCCAAUUGCUCGCUGGAGAGUAUGAUCUUAUGGUUGUUGGGAGAGAUCAAGGAAUGACAUUACCAAUCUUCUCAGGACUAACAGAGUGGGUCGAACUUCCAGAGUUAGGUGUCAUCGGAGAUUUUCUAGCGGCUAAAGAGCUUAGCUCUAAGGUCUCUGUUUUGGUAGUUCAACAACAACGACAGAUGUGACCGCAAGACUGUGUAUUCUCUUAAGAUAACCGUUAAAAUAUUUAACUUAUAUAUCGAUUCAUU